CGAAAAAACAGUGAUAAAUUCUGGUCGAAGUGCUAAGUAGAACAGAAAAUUGUUAAACCUUAAGCGUCGGCCGCCGGCAGAGAAGAGAUGGGAAGGGGAGGACGCGGCGGCGGCAGCGGCAGCGGUGGACGCCGGUCACUUUCGUCGUCGUUCGAUCGAGAGCUUCGCACCCAUAUUGAGUCCUGUAAGAACAAUUACCUCUCCGUUGAAGAUCUCGUCGACCACCUCCGUUCAUCUUAUCACAAGUAUUCCCGCGAAAAGUUACAGCCGUUUACCAAACGGGUCCAAGAUGUUCUGCAGCUCCAGAGCUCAAACCCUAACUCAACUGAAGAAGUAACGCCUCCGAAGAAGAAGCCAAAAAGAGACGGCAGCGAGCAGCGAUUGCAGCUCCUUGAGAAGAAGCAUAUAAUGAGUAGUCAAAGAAAGAAGCAGGAAGGGGAUGGUUCUUCGUCGACGACUCUCGCAAGUACUUCGGAUAGUGAUGAUUCUUAUUCUUCUUCGUCUUCCGAUGCUAUUUAUGGAGAGAAAUUGGAAGAGAAGCCUGAUUUAAUGAAGUCUAUGCUUCGACAUACGUACAAUCAACAGGUUAAUAGUACUCCAAAGUCGAAAAAGAUUGAAUACGAGGUGAUUCAUGACAAUAAUGAUGAAAAAAGGAAGAAACUUGUUAUGUCUAAAGGAGGACAACGAAGAAACAUAGCCACUAAGGAUUUAGGAGGAGGAAGAGGAGGAGGAGAGGGGGAAAGGUUUGGGGAUAGUGAAGGGAAUGUUGAUGGCCCAAAGUUCAAGGAUUUAGGAGGAAUGGAUGCAGUGUUGGAGGAACUGAAAAUGGAGGUGAUUGUUCCAUUGUACCAUCCUCAGCUGACUAAGCAUCUUGGAGUUAGGCCUAUGUCAGGGAUACUCUUACACGGGCCACCAGGCUGUGGUAAAACAAAACUAGCUCAUGCUAUUGCCAAUGAGACUCGAGUUCCAUUCUACAAACUAUCUGCUACUGAGUUGGUCUCUGGAGUUUCAGGUGCAUCAGAAGAGAACAUAAGGGAACUGUUCUCAAAAGCAUACCGGACAGCACCUUCUAUUGUGUUUAUUGAUGAGAUUGAUGCAAUUGCUGCCAAAAGAGAAAAUUUACAGAGAGAAAUGGAGCGGCGCAUUGUAACACAGCUAAUGACGUGCAUGGAUGAGUCACAUAGACUUGUAAAACCUGAUGAUGCAAAGGGAACUGCUCUACCCACUGAUAAAAGAAAUAAUGAAGCAAAAUCAGAUGGAUCUAAUGGUGGACCUGGUUAUGUCCUAGUAAUUGGGGCGACAAAUAGACCUGAUGCUAUUGACCCAGCAUUGAGGAGGCCUGGACGAUUUGACCGUGAAAUCGCCUUGGGUAUUCCAGAUGAAAAUGCAAGGGUGCAAAUUUUGUCUGUGCUUACACGUAACCUAAGAGUUGAAGGUGCAUUUGAUCUCACGAAGAUAGCUAGCUCAACCCCAGGAUUUGUCGGAGCAGACUUGGCUGCUCUAACUAACAAAGCAGGUAACUUGGCAAUGAAGAGGAUAAUAGACGAGAGGAAGGUUGAGCUUUCAAGAGAAAUGACAGAUGGUGAAGAUGCCGAAGAAUGGUGGAGAAAGCCAUGGUCACCUGAAGAGAUGGAAAAGCUCAGCAUUUUUAUGGCUGAUUUUGAGGAAGCAGCUAAAUUAAUUCAACCUUCAUCUAGAAGAGAAGGUUUCUCCGCUAUCCCUAAUGUUAAGUGGGAAGAUGUUGGAGGCCUUGAUUCGUUAAGACAUGACUUUGACCGUUACAUUGUUAGGCGUAUAAAGAAUCCUAAAGAUUACAUGGGUUUUGGAGUGGACUUGGAAACAGGAUUCUUGCUUUAUGGUCCCCCGGGAUGCGGUAAAACAUUAAUUGCCAAGGCUGUUGCUAAUGAAGCUGGAGCAAAUUUUAUACACAUUAAGGGACCUGAAAUUUUGAACAAGUAUGUUGGUGAAAGUGAGCUAACCAUUCGGACAUUAUUUACCCGUGCAAGGACAUGUGCUCCAUGCAUUCUAUUCUUUGAUGAGAUGGAUGCAUUGACAACUAAGCGUGGUAAGGAAGGAGGUUGGGUCGUUGAAAGACUUCUGAAUCAGCUACUAAUAGAACUAGACGGUGCCGAUCAGAGAAAAGGUGUUUAUGUGAUUGGUGCCACAAAUAGACCUGAAGUCAUGGACCAAGCUAUUCUUCGACCUGGAAGGUUAGGGAGACUCUUAUAUGUCCCUCUACCUAGUCCAGAUGAGCGUGUACUCAUUUUAAAAGCUCUUGCCCGGAAGAAGCCUGUAGAUUCUAGUGUUGACUUGUUGACCAUUGGAAGAGAUGAUGCGUGUAAAAAUUUUAGUGGAGCUGACCUAGCAGCACUGAUGAAUGAAGCUGCAAUGGUUGCACUAGAAGAUAAAUUGACAGCCAUGGCUACAAGUUGUGAUGACACAUCAUCGGUUAUUAAGGAGUCACAUUUCAAAUGCGCUUUGGAAAAAGUAUCUCCAUCCGUCUCCAAUGAGCAAAUAAAAUACUAUCAGGAGUUAUCAAAACACUUCAGAGCAGCAUGAAAACCUUGGUUAAGGGAGAAAGUUGCACGAAACAUAUUUUGGAUAUCGAUGUUUCUUCCUGGUCUUCUUGUGAAUAUCCAUGAGUAUAGUUCCGCGGGAGCAAACAGAGUGGAGAGUGGGAACAGAGAAAUCGUUAAUCUUUUCUCUCCUUUUUUUUGUUUUAUAAUUUUAGCAACACAAUUUUUUGCACUAAGCAAUAUGCUAUCAUAGUGUUGAGCAGUUUUGUAAUGAAGCAAUAGAGACUUUGUAUUUUCUCUUUUAAGCUUUUAUGUACUCACUAGAUUAUUACAAUACACAUGUAUGUCUUUGGAAUAUUUUUGAAUUGUAUUAAAGAUGUCACUUUUCAACUUUAUGUAAUGCAUUAUUUUGGACA